AUGGGCGUCCUCUGGUCUUCACCGUCACCACCUCGGCUAUUCACUCCCAUCCAGGUGGGAAAGGCGAAGCUCGAACACCGCGUCGUACUCGCGCCUCUCACGCGCCGCCGGGCCGACGACUUGCAUGUGCACACCGACCUUGCCGUCGAGUACUACACGCAAAGGUCCAGCACACCCGGGACGCUACUCAUCACCGAGGGCACCUUCAUUGCAGUGCAGGCCGGCGGAUACACCACUGUCCCUGGUGUAUGGAACGAUGCUCAAGUCGCGGCAUGGAAGAAGAUCGUCGACGCCGUCCAUGCGAACGGCAGCAGCAUAUUCUUACAGUUGUGGGCAUUGGGCCGCUCGGCCGACGCUGAGCUUCUCCAGAAGGAGGGGCCUUUUGACGUGGUCAGCGCAAGCGCAAUACCGAUCCCUGAUCGACCCGACCGACCUGUACCGAGACCGCUCACGGUCGACGAGAUCAAGGAAUAUGCGCAGUUGUACGCAAAAGCUGCGCAGAACGCUGUAGAGGGUGCUGGCUUUGAUGGAGUCGAGAUUCACUCUGCGAACGGCUAUCUGCUCGACCAGUUCAUCCAGACCAACUCGAACAAGCGCACAGACGAAUAUGGCGGAAGCAUCGAGAACCGGAUACGCUUCCCUCUGGAGGUUGUACAAGCAAUCACCGACGCAGUAGGACAGGAGCGUACCGCGAUCAGAUUUAGUCCUUGGUCACCCUUCCAAGGAAUGCGCGAGGAGGACCCCAUCCCCGUCUUCACUGCGCUCAUCGAGCAGCUCGUUGAGCGCCACCCGAAUCUGGCGUACGUCCAUGUGGUGGAACCGAGAGUCAGCGGAAACAACGACACGGACAAGGGCGGGGAGAACGACAGCAAUGACUUCAUUCGCAAGCUAUGGGCACCACGCCCUCUCAUCCGUGCAGGAGGAUACAAGCGCCAUACAGCUCUCGAGGCGGCGGAGCAGGAGGCGGACUCUCAGAACGUAUUGAUCGCAUUUGGGCGGUACUUCAUCUCGAACCCCGAUCUGCCAAAGAGGCUGAAGGCGGACGUCGAGCUGACGCAGUACGACCGCAGCACAUUCUACACCAAGGGACCGAAGGGCUACACGGACUAUCCUUUCUACGACGACGAAACUGUACUAUUGGCACUCCCGAAACGGACUGAUUUGGCAGAAGCCUUGUUCAUGGUUGAGAGCAACUCCUCUUGGAACACGAGCAUCUACUAA